AUGGGCGACACUCCCCUUGCCUCACUAUCUUUCACGCAUGUCCAUUAUAACCCCCAAGAUCCGCUGUCUUUCGCAUCAGCAUGGCUGGCUCUCGCUCCUCAGGCGCUCUGCGUUUCCUAUGCGACCCUGAUCUGGGCCUCGCGCGAGGUCGAAGUCAUUCUGAUGUUUGGUGGGCAGCUUGGCUGUGAGGCACUGAAUUUUGCUCUGAAGAGAGUCAUCAAAGAGGAGCGACCGAAGGAAAUGUUCGGUAAGGGAUAUGGCAUGCCGUCGUCCCACGCCCAAUUCAUGACAUAUUUCGCUGUCUAUAUGUCUCUUUUCCUCGCAUUUCGCCAUUCGCCCUCAUACGCUGGUUCCUACCCUUACUCGGAUUUCCUACUGCGAAGCGCCUUGAUUGUUGGCCUAUGUGCUAGCGCAGUGGCUGUCUCCGCCAGCCGCGUCUAUUUAAGCUACCAUACGCCCCAGCAGGUUCUGGCAGGCUCGGCAGCCGGGUUCUUGUGUGCGUGCGGAUGGUUUGCGGUGACGGGCCUACUCCGUCGGUCGGGUUGGAUCGACUGGGCGACUGAGAUGACCGUGUGCCGCCUUCUGAGGGUUCGAGAUUUGCUGGUCAAUGAGGACCUGGCGGAAGCAGGUUGGCAGCAGUGGGAAGCUCUCCGCUUGAAGAAGCGGAGUAAGUCACUGAGGAAGUCAGAAUAG